UUUCUUUUGGCGCCCUGGUCACCAUGACACUAUUUUAUAAUAAUUCUAUUUUGGUUGUCAGAGCUUUGUUUUUACUAACUCUACUUAAUUAUACAGGAGCUGAUAGUUCAAAAGUACUGCGAAAAUCGGAUACCAACGGAAUAAUGGCAGGAUCAAACGCUGUCAAGCAAUUGUUUGCCUGCAAUUUUGAGGUAUUUGGACGAGUGCAGGGUGUCUUCUUUCGCAAGUACACGGAACAGACGGCCAAUAAUCUUGGUGUUAGGGGCUGGUGUAUGAAUACGCGGGAUGGAACGGUAAAGGGACAACUGGAAGCUCCUCUAGCCGAGCUAAACGAAAUGAAGCAUUGGCUUGAAACCAAAGGAAGCCCCAGCUCGAAGAUUUCAAAGGCAGAGUUUACUCCAGCCAAGGAAAUUGAAACGUAUUCGUUUACUUCUUUCGAUAUUAAACGUUAAAAAUGGUUCAUCAACCCAGCAAAUGGAGGCUAAAUUAUUAAUUACUAAAAACCAAAACAAAUGUAUUCCCAAAACAAAAACAAAAAAAAAAAAAACAGGGCUGUAUUUUAUGGUAGCAGCCCGCCGCUCAACGUUGCCAUAUCAAUAAUGCAAACAAAAUCUAUCACAAUAUGUUGAGCGCCAAUUUGAAUUAUUAUUUUAAAUUAAAAGGAAUCGUUUAUGGCUCAAAAAUUACUUUCUGUUUCAUUAUUAUGUAAUGAAGUUAUUCGGAUAUUUGCUCAGUGUU